GUUGUAGUCAGUCCUCCCCUGUGCCGGCGGUGAGGAAGAUGGCGGCCCCUGCCGCUCUGGAACCGGUGCAGCAGCAGCAGAGGGGGGAGGAGAACGGCUGUGGGAACAGCCCCAGCCCUGGAGAUUCGGGCGAGGAAAAAGCCGACUCACCGUACCUGCACGCUCGCCGCAAGUUGGAAAACCUCCUCAAUAAGAGCAUGCGCAUCCGAAUGACAGAUGGGCGGACGCUGGUGGGCUGUUUCUUGUGCACGGACCGAGACUGCAACGUGAUCCUUGGCUCUGCCCAGGAGUACCUCAAACCCACUGACUCCUUCUCAGCUGGGGAGCCCCGCGUGUUGGGCCUGGCAAUGGUUCCGGGUCAUCACAUUGUCUCGAUCGAGGUGGAGCUGGAGAGCCUGGCCUCCUUGCAGUAUUUCUGACGCAUGGGCAGAGGGACUUGACGGUUGACCAAAUCCGAGACACACACACACACACACACACCGGGAAACUUCUCCUUCCUGCCCUGCUUGAUCCUGGUUUUGCUGACGCCAUGAGGAAUGGAAAUGGCUGAAAAAGCUGGACCUCAGGGGUGCACGCACUGCUAACUAAGACACCCCCGUGUCCAGGACUUGGGAAGCAGUUUGCCUGUAACAGUGUUUAUAUUUGUCAGAUGUUCGUUAAAUCUAGGAAAACAGUCGUCGUUUUUCUGAAUCGGUGUGUGUGCGCGCGCGCGUGUGUUUUAUAGCACCUAGACCAGAGUUGGGCAACUGCAGAGGGUCUGGGGACCAUUUUCCUCCCUCACCCCCCAUCCUGCUACUGUUCUGUUGCUGAAAUUUGGCAGCGGUAGCAAAAAAAAAUUGGCAUCUUGCCAGUAAAUGGUGGUGUGACCCGCCACCUAGCCUUAAAAAGAACAAAUGUAGUUUGAUUUUGAUUUUGAUUCCUGCCAACAAAUUCCAGCAGCGCAGCAGGAGCCACGCAAGAGGGCAGGGGGUGGGCACGUGGUCUGCAGAAGUGCGUUGCCCACCUCUGACCCAGUUAGUGCUUCCUUCCGAGGUCACCCAAGAAUGCUGCGUCCUCACUUCGCUGCUUGUGACUGCAAUUCCCCAAAGUCUCUCUUGAACUUCCCACACAAGGAGUCGGCAACUACUGGCCUGUGGGCUAAAUGCAGUUCUGAAGUGGUGCGGAUCGGACCCCGAAUUGCCCCACUUUGAUCUGUGCUGCUUGAGGCAGCUUGGGACAUCAGAAGGCGCUACCUGCCCGAGCGGAAGACUGAGGCAAGCACCAGAGGCCACACUUACAGCUCAGCAGGCAGGAGAGAGAGACAGACAACAGCGGAAACCCUCCUUCCUUCCCUCCCUCCCAUUCUGUGGCCUGCUAAAAGAUUCUUUACAAUGUCUCUAGCUCCUAUGUCUGCCAGGCACGGCAUAAACCGAAAACAGACUUCAGUUUCUUCCCCCGCCCCUCCCGGAAUGUGGGACAUGCCACUGCAUGUUUUCAUAUCAACAUUGAGGACUAGUAACGGGUCAAAUGAAAACGCAGUCUUCAAAAUUCAACAAAAGCCACAAGACCAUAUGUCAAUGUCAUGUGUCUACUGCCUUCUAGUCUGUGAUGAGGGGGUGGGUGGUGCAAUGCCCCCCCCUUUGCCAUAAAGGAAGAAAGCAGAACCAACAAGGGCAGUGGUGACAUUUGGAGGCAAGGCCAGCCCACCCAAAGGUCCCAACGAAUAUAGCUUGUCAAUUUUUCAAAGAAAUGUUUGUAAAAAGGUGAAGGCAAAGCUCCCAUCCAUUUUAGCCUUUGGAAUCUUAAUUUCAGGAAUCUGUAGAACGCCAGCCAGGAAGUGCACAAGUUCUGUUGUCAUUUU